ACUUUCUUUGUCAUUAGUUUUAUCGUUUAUUCUGCCCUUAUCACCAUAAAAUCGAAAUAAUUCAAACCUCGUUUAUCCGUGAGGGCCAAAGUUGAGUGGCUACUCAAGUACUAAUUAACGGUGCACCGGAAGGCUCAAUUAUGGGUCUAUUAAAAAAUCGUAUGGAUGCCACCGAUAGUUCCUUGUUUGUUAUAGUGGCAGCGUUGAUGAUUGCAUUUUGGCACCCUUCCGCUUUAGUGAGUGGAGAUUAUCCGCAUGAUGUCGAGUUGUUCGAUCCAGUAACGGUAACUACCAUGAAGCCGAAGACGACGACCUUCGUUCCAAAGCGGAACAGUGGAGGCACAGUUAAAACUAUCCGUCGAUUGCCGAGGCACUAUCCGAGCUACGUGAAAGGUGAAGACCCAGUGGAGGAGUACAACCGGCGACGGUUGCAUGUGGACACAUCUGACUACAUGAAUGGAGCCCAAACUACGCUUUCCGAAACAGAGAAAUAUUUUUUGUUGGAUGAAAGUUUGGAUUCAUUACGACGAAAGUUUGCCAAGCGGCGGAAUACAAAUGGCGAAAAGAAAAAGAAUAAAUUCAAGACCAAUAAGAAGUCUAAGAAAAGGCGAAAGAUGAAAAAGGAUCCUAUAAAAAGAACCUGGAGUGAUGAUUAUCUUGCAAGUGUAUUUAACAAAAGUGAUGUAGAUACAAUGGCUCCUUUAGACAAUCCGAAACGAUAUGAAGAAUCCGACCCGGCAGUAUUUCCCUACGAACAAACAUCGGAGGAAAACGGAAAACAGGCCACCGUACCGAUGGACACGAAAUACUUUCAAGAUACGUAUUGCGAGCAAAAAUCACCCCUAGAGCUUGAAUUUGGCCAUUUAUUCGAAACCCAAGACCGAUGGGAAGAGCGAUAUGAACGGCAAGAUCAUAAGAACAACCGACAUCAAGGAAAAGUAAAAUGGGCCGAUAAGAACGGAGGCUUCGGUGAGCACUAUUGGGACCUCAAUCAUGUCUAAUUUGUCCUCCACCGGAUCGCGAUCGACUGCAAACGGGUAAGGCUAGACAAUCGUUCAUGAUCAGCAAUCACCUCAAAAAAUAAAUCUAACGCAAAUUCACGAUAGAAACCAUGUAAAUGUCAAGAACGUCUAGCCAUUUUCGUUGCUAAGCGCACGGAAAGGAAAGAGAAGGGCUUGUACGGUUAGAAUCUGGCGGCCAAUCGCUGUGGGCGAUUUUCGGCUUGCAAUGCAAAUAAUAACGAAUAUAAUAACAAUCGACUGCCGGAGUAUGAACCGUAGAAAGAAGUAAAUCUGAUAGCGUUUCUCUCAAGAAACAUAAAUCCAGUGAACUUCUUUAAAUCAGUGCUAAUGAAAUUGUUCAUCAUUGUUCUGCAAAGAAAAAGUUAUUAUGUAGUAACGUUUGCUAAGAAGGUAAUAGUUAGGUUAAAUUGUUAUUGUUUUACAAAAGGUUGGGAGCAA